ACAGUUUGGACAAAGACUGUUUCUCAAUGGCUGUCUGUGCCUCUGACAGAGGAAGAAGAGAGGAGAAACCAUUGCACAAGAACCACCUCCGAAAAGAGACAAAAAAUGCAAAUGGUUCACCUGGAGGAUUCUGGACACUCACGUGACUGCACGUGUGCCGGCGGAGCAGAGAGAGUUGGCGCGGGGUGAGGAGGUCACUGCCCAUGCUGCCUGACCUGACGACAAAGAGGAAGGGUGGAAGUCCUGUCCCAGGCUUCUUCUGUCUGGCUAAAGCUGAUCUGAGUGAUGGUGGAGGAUCGAGCAGCCAAUGGAGCACCAGAACCGGUCACCAUGGUGACGGGCGGCAAUAAACCUGUGCACCGCUUCCUCAAAGGACAACCCAAGAGUAUCGGAAUAGUGCUGGUGAUGAUGGGCAUAUGUCUGUUCAUGUUUGGAAUCGUCAUAGACGUGCGGUCAGAUGUGACCACCUCAGCAGACAUGUACAGCCCGUUCUGGCUCGGGACGCUGUUCUUUAUCUGUGGUCUUCUGUAUAUACUGUCAGAACGCAACCCCUCCAAAAAGAUCAUCACCGCCAGCUUUGCUUUGAGCAUCAUCUCAACCAUUGGAGCGAUCUGUGCGUGUGUGGAUUUCUCCAGAGCCAUCGUUGGGCUCCAUCACACAUACUGGUCUCAUCUGAGUGAGAAUCAGACAGAGGAGGAGAGACACUACGUCCUACAACAUUAUAUGUCCAUCGACCUGAUGGAGCAAGUGUUCUUCUGCCACAGCUUGAUAGGAGGGAUUCUGCUCAUAACCAUGACGUUCUUCGCCCGGGCGGCGCUGCGGUCCAGCCGGACUCAGGCUGUUGUUGUCAUGAGGAACCUGCCGUCAGCGGAGUGAACAGACCGGAUCAUCUGAACAUCCACCUAAUGAAGAAGGAUAAUUCAGUGAGAAUCCACUGAGAUCUUCAGAUUUGCUCACAGUAAAUGGGCAUUAUAAUGUAGUGUCUGUUUCAGUGUUACUAACACCAGUGUUUUGUUCUGAGACCGACAAUAUAAGACAGUCAUCAGUGCAAAAAAUGAUGCUCUUGUUUUCCAGUCAAAUACUUUCUUAAAUCAAGAUACAUUCAUUCAAGAAACAAAAUUACACUUUAUUUUAAGGUUUUGUAUCAAAUGAAGUGAGUUUGUGCUUAAAACAAGAAUAUCUGCCAAUGGGGUCAGACAAAUAAUCUUGUUUUCCCUUUGCAUUCAAUUAUUUUUCUGACACAUUCACAGAUAUUUGUUCUCGUUUUAAGCUUAAACUCAAUUUUGAUGCAUUUCUCAGAAAACAAAACUUAAUAUCUUCAGUCAUUUUGCUUCUCCAGGAAAUGUAUCUUGAUUUAAGAAUGUUUAGAUAUUUGUGCUGGAAAACAAAUUUUUGUUUUUCAAUUCUUUGCACAUUAACACAAAAACACAUUAAAUCUUGGCUAUAUACUGUGAGAACAUUCAUCACGCCUUGAACUUAUCUUUGUGAUAUCAUUGUAUUUUAUAUUAAGCUGUGUAUUAAAACUUUAGUCCAGGAGAAAGACGUCAACCUCUCAUGUACAGAAGAUGGAGAAAGUCAUAAACACUCUUUACGAUGCAGAUAUGAGCACACACGUCAGAGAGCGCUUCAUCUGUUGUGUUCAAACAUCUUUACACUCAAAUCAUAAUCAUUCCUAAUCAUCUGACACGUUUCAGACACACAUAUACAUCUUCCAGAUGAAAACGCUCAAAUCAAACAGAUGUGAAUGAGUGAUGAAGUUUAUUGACAAACUGAUUGUAAACUUGUAUGUCCAAAACCUUAUCUUUGCUAAAUAAUACUAUCUAUAAAUACUGUAACAGACCUAAUAAUUAAAUCUAAAGAUUUGCUAAUAUUACUAACACUCAAAUAAACAUAAAUGUGUACUGAAA